UGUGAUUGGCUGCGAUGCAAUAACGAGCUGAGGGUAAAAUCAUCGCAGGCCGUGCACGCAAACAUUUCAGUGCACGCAAACAUUUCCGUGCACGUCCUACUUGAAAACCUCUACAGCAGGGCGAUUUUGCGCGCUCCCGUGACUCUCGCCAUAGAAAACAAAGCUGAGCGUCUUCCAUAACAGCGAGGGCUGCAGACCGGAGGAAUAUCCGAAUUCACCCUGGACACAUCGCGCUGAAUAUGGAUCCACAGCGGCUGUAGCAUCGUUAGAGACCGAGCCUUCCCGGCUGAGGUGACGGCGAGACAUCCGCGAAAACCGACGAACAUAACACCAGCGUGUCUUUCUUUUUUUCUCGGGGUGCUUUGUCUUGUCCACCUAACGAUAGCGAACCAUCAUCCCCCGUUUCACUCGCAAGAUAUUCAGCUAGUGAUCACUAGCUGCCGCCGGGAUGUGUCAUCAUGUUGUCACCUAAAAGUAACCGCUAAGGACGUCGGAUUGUGGAGGAGAAGCAGAAAAGGCUCGCCGAGGUCCCAGCGGGUUGUCACCGGGACCUGAAUCUGCGUUAGCCACAGUCGCAGAACCCACUGUUUUCGGCGAUAUGGCGGAGCAGGGCUACUCAUCCUGGGCGUACUCCCUAGUUGACUCCAGCCAGGUGUCCACCUUCCUCAUCUCCAUCCUUCUUAUCGUCUAUGGCAGCUUUAGGUCAUUAAACAUGGAUUGUGAGAACCAGGAGAAGGAUAAAGAUGGUAACCCUACGACAACGGGGGCUUUCAAUAACAGCAACACAAACAACAGUGAGUGUAUUCAGACUAUAGACUCCACACAGGCCCUGUUUCUGCCCAUUGGAGCCUCUGUGUCUCUGCUAGUUAUGUUCUUCUUCUUUGACUCAGUACAGGUGGUCUUCACUAUCUGCACUGCAGUUCUUGCAACAAUUGCAUUUGCAUUCCUGUUGUUGCCAAUGUGCCAGUAUCUGACCAGACCCUGCUCCCCGCAGAACAAGAUUUCGUUCGGCUGCUGUGGGCGUUUCACUCUGGCCGAGCUCCUGUCCUUUUCCCUCUCUGUUUUGUUGGUGCUCAUCUGGGUGCUGACAGGACACUGGCUUCUUAUGGAUGCUUUAGCCAUGGGCUUGUGUGUCGCCAUGAUCGCCUUCGUGCGACUACCCAGUCUGAAGGUGUCUUGCCUGCUGCUGUCAGGAUUGCUCAUUUAUGAUGUGUUCUGGGUGUUUUUCUCAGCCUACAUCUUUAAUAGUAAUGUUAUGGUCAAAGUUGCCACCCAACCUGCUGAAAACCCCAUAGAUGUUCUGUCCAGGAAGCUCCACUUGGGGCCAGGGAUGGGCCGGGAUGUCCCCCGCCUCUCACUACCUGGCAAACUUGUCUUUCCCAGUUCCACCGGAAGUCACUUCUCAAUGCUGGGAAUAGGAGACAUCGUGAUGCCGGGGCUGCUGUUAUGUUUCGUCCUGCGGUAUGACAACUACAAGAAGCAAGCGUCAGGGGAAGUCCCGGGGCCUGGUAACGUGUCCGGACGCAUGCAGCGCGUCUCCUAUUUCCACUGCACUCUCAUCGGAUACUUUGUGGGUCUGCUGACUGCCACUGUGGCCUCCAGGAUCCAUCGUGCUGCUCAGCCCGCUCUGCUUUACCUGGUGCCCUUCACCCUGCUGCCUCUGCUCACUAUGGCCUACCUGAAGGGGGAUUUGCGGCGCAUGUGGUCCGAGCCCUUCCAUACCAAGAACAGCGGCUCCCGCUUCCUGGAGGUAUGAUGCACCCUGGGAUGAACCACCAGCGCGGGGAGGACUGCGGAUCCUUUCCCUCCAUUAGAGGGAAGGAGAGAGGGUACACUCACAGUGAGGCCAUGUUGUCAUCACUUGUUCAUGCUUUCCGCCAAUCUUCUGUGAAAACCCUCAGAAGGACACCAGUGUGUGGAUCACAACGCCCCAACACAACUCAUCUCUGGUCCCCACAUCCUCCCCGUUUCAUGUCCGCUUCCUCUUUUCUGUUUAUUUCCUCUUCAUUAUAGCACAUCCUGCCUGUGCUGUUUUUGUUCUGCCCCCUUCCCUUUUUCCUCUUCUACAGUCGGUCUCAUUUUCCACCUCCUUCCCAUGGCCCGCUCCAUUCAACAGGCCUCGUCUCUCCUUCUUCCCCUGCAUCUUAAAUUUCCUCUGCGUCUGUUCUUCGCCGACUCAGAUGAACUCGAGGGCCAGACCUCUCCCCCCUUUUUGUGGACUUACAGAUGUGAGACAUGGCUGGGGUUUAUAUAUAUUUUUUUAGCAUUGUCGUGGUCAUUAUUAUUAUUAAUAUUAUUAUUCUGGAACGAUUUAAACAACCAGGGAAGAGGCAGAGUGUUGCAGUGGCACAGGACAGUGCUCGGGAGCAGCCACAGUGAAGGAGAAGAGUCUUCCCCCUCCAUCCUUCUCCCCCGUUUCCCCCCUGCUUCUCUUCGUCUGUUCUCGUCGUCACUCGUCAACGAUGGCUUCUCCCCGGCACUACCGCCCUCGUCAGACACUGCAAACCCCACCCUCCUCCUCUCUGUUCAUCUGCUGUCCCCAUUCCCCCCCCCCACCAGAUAACUAUGUAUUUUAUUUAGUAAAGUUUUAUUCUUGGCAUAUACAGAAAUUAUGCAUUAUAAAUUCUUAAGCUGCCCCACAGUGUUUGAGGGGCUGCUUCUAUUUGUAUAUAUGUGUACACAUGUAUUUGCAGUAUCAUGAGUUUGUAUUUGUGAUCGGGAGCAUGUUGUGUGGAGUGGGAAACUGACGCCAGCCGACAGCCCGGUUUUGGUAAAAUCUCGGCUGCUGUGUCGAGUCGACCUGCGAGCCUCCGUCAUUCGGAGACUGUUUUCUAAAGUUUGUUGGCUUGUGCGAUUGAAACGUAGCUGAUGGAUUUUUGAAAGAAAAACACACAGAAGAACUUGAUGAGUGGCUGGUUGAUGAAAAGGUUUCCUGCUCUAGUGUUAAAGUGUGCGUGUGUGUGUGAGCGUGUCUGAGUGAGCGAAACAGAUGAGUGUUUGUUUUACUUGGUUUUAAUUUGAAAUCACAAACUUGUUUGAAAACGGUGGCAAUAGUCAGGUUUCCAGUGAGCUGGGCGUGUUGGAUCAAACUCAAACACAGGACAUGUCUGAUGGAAACAGUUUGUUUCAUCUUGUAAAGAUUUACUGAAAACUUCUUCUCAACAGGGGUCAUUUUUAUUUUUUAUCAGUCUUUUUGCAGACAGGUGAAAAUGUAAACUGUUUUUUUUUUUUCAAAUAAAUGAAUGUUGAAUUAAUUUUUAAGUAUGUUUUCAUCGUGAAACCUCACCAUGCAUCAUGCUGGGUUUUUUGUACUGAACUUCUUUUGUGCACAUCCUAAAUUUUACACAUUUAUGGUCAUGGAAACACUAAGCGUAUCUUAUGUCGGCUUAUACGAGUCUAUAAACGUCUGAGCAUGAUUCUAUCUGAUCAAUUUUUUAAAUAUGUUUUGACAAACGAGAAGCACAUCGUAUCUGAACUCUGAAAAUGUCAGUGUUUCACCUCAGUCGAUGAAGACCUGACUAUUGUGAAAGUUCUGACUCGGAGCCUGGAGAUGAGGGUCAGUGGCUUAUGAAGACGUACUGUGAUUCUUACGUAGUCACAGAUACAUGUUUUUCUGGGUUGGACAGUUAAAUAUGUGUGUGUGUGUGUGAGUGAGAGAGCGUGCCUGAUAUCAUUAGGUCUGUUUGGACCUAUAGGGAAGAGGGAAAAUCAGUGGUGCCCUUCAGAAAUCGAAAAUAAAAAUUAGAAAUAAAAUCUAA